AUGGAAGGUUUGAAGAAAGAAUUUACCAAUGUUAUUUCGCAGGUGGACGCUCACGACGAUAUUCUGCAAAAUUUUAGAAUCGCAUGUGAAACACCAAAUAUGUCAACAAUAAGUGAGAAAACGCUCAUUAGCAGAAGGCCGCCUAUUCUGCAAGCUCAACGGAAAAAUCAACCAUUGGUCGAAAUUACGAAGUAUGUGCGAUCAUCAGGCUCUCCAAACGACGAUGUGGAAGGAGAUAAUCAUCCAGCUAAACAGCUUGCCAAUUAUAAAUUAUACAAUAGUUAUACUUUCUUUGGUACUAUUCACAUCAAGACAUCAGCAACAAUGUUAACUGUAUUUUACAUACUUUCAUUAGCUGUUGCUGAUUUUAUUGUUAUAAGUGAGAUUGAUUCAUCUUCUGCCACACAUGCAACUGCCGCAAGUGCAACAAUACUGUUUGCAAUACUGUUGGCACAGUAUGGAAUGUGGAAAGAGUCGUCAUUAUGCUUGUUGCCAUUGAUGAUUAUUCAGAUACUGUUAGGCAUAAUGAUGGUGUUAGCAUUCGCUUUUUCGAAUCUUAUUGAAUUUCAUUGUUUUCUUAUCGAUGCAUGCCCAAGCGGCCGUUUUUUUAUAUUUGCGAUGGGAAGUGCUAUCUUUUGCGUAACACAUUAUUACUGUGUUAUAAUCAUAUGGCUCUGUUGGAAAUAUUUUCACUAUUUAGGAAAAAAAACAGAAUUAGAGCAAAUAUGGCGUGUCGAAAGAAUCGAUGAUGAAAUUGAUGAAAAUGUUUUGAUCAAUAAUAUACCACUCAAUGCUAAUUAA